CAGACCAGCCCCAUAACCGCACAGACCCUUCCCUCCGGAGCCUCAGUGGUAAAGCUGCUUUGCAGAGUUAAAAAUCUCUCCAUAAAAAUAUUAUUCCACUCAACCGCAACAUAAGAUAAAUUAGGGUUUCUAUCUUGAUACUUUCAGUUCCCUUUCCCUGCUUGAAGAAGCCAGUGGCAGCGGAUUAGCUGGUGUUUCAUCAAUGGAGGCACUGUUAGGAUUCCAAGACGAAACAAUAGCCGUUGUUGGCGAUGACCAAGAGAAAUCAACAUCGUCAUCGUCAUCGUCAUCGUACGGCUACAAAUUAGUGCCGUGGUUAAACUGGAAUGAAUGGGAACAUGUUAGAGAUUCUCUCUUCUCCGAUUCUCCUGAGAAGAUUCACUCUGCUAUUACUAGAAUCUCAACAUGGCGAAGCAGAGGAUGUUUACCGGCUGUGAUUGAUGUUACAGCUUCGAUCAUUGAAGUUCAACAGAAGGAUCCUUUGUACAGAAAGGACUUACCUGAUGAUGCUAUACAUUCCGAGCAAAUGUUGGCAAUGCUAUAUUGUAUGGCUAUCUUGAGGCUUGUAAACUGUGUUGUUGAGAAGACAAGGAAGAAAACAGAGGUGUCGAUUGCUGAGGCAGCUGGUGCAAUAGGUAUUCCGCGCACGCUGAUCGACAUUCGUCAUGAGGGUUCUCACCGUGAUCUUCCUGCUCUCGCACUUGUUCGGGAUUCUGCUGUUAAGGCAAUUGAUUGGUUGAAAUCUUAUUAUUGGGAGCCUCAGACAAGGCAGAUUCCAUUCCAAAGAGAUGGAAGUGCUGACAUCAGAAAAGAAAUCAAAUCUAAAUUCCGUGAAUUAACUUCCUGCUUGAAAGUUAAGAAGAGUACCCAACCCGGUUCUUCAGCAAUCAAAGCAAAACGUUCUAAGAAGAAUAUUACCAAGACUUUGAAAAAUCUGGUUCGUCUAUAUUCUUCCUUCUCCUCAGAAGUACUGUCAGUUUUGUUGGAGUUCUUGCUCAAGGCUUUGGAUUCCUCAAAUUUGGUGGAGCUUCCAAAAGAUUGCCUAGUUGGCGAAGGCGUGUGUACUUUGUUGGAUGAUUGGAAGCUUGUAAUAACAAAAUUCUCAAAGAAGGAACCAGAAGUACUCCUUAUGCUUCUUAAGGCUGUUCUAAAUAUGAUUGAUACUCAUGAAGCCAUGAAAUAUGAAAUGGGAACACAUCUCAUAUCAUGGGAGCAUGGAACAGAGAAUCGCCAAAUUGAUCGACUUUCUUCCUUGUUUGCAUGGCUUGUUGAACAACUCAAGGGUCUAAAGCCUCUUCGCUGUAAACAACCUGCAGCUGAAAGCUUAGCCUCUUCAAUAGGAAUGAAUUUAUCCAACGCAAUCCUGAUGGAGGUUCUUCGUAAAUGCCUUCUGGUGUCCUCAUAUGGCAAUAAACAGCUUAUGGGUUCAGCACUGCAUCUUGCACGGUUGAUGGGUGAUAGCUCCGUGAUAGAUAAACUCAAAAAACUAAGUUUGCUAGCUUUAUCAGACCCAGAUGUCACCCAAGAGAAGUCUCCUCCCCUGAGUUUGAAUAGCUUUCUUACCCAGCAAGAUCAAUCUAUCCAUCAGGCCACCAAGAAGCUAGACUUUGUAAAACUUUGCCGAACAAAGAGUAAAGUUGCUAAGAGAACAGAUGGUGAUGUGGGUAGUUCAGGCAGAUGGGUUGUGGCAAAAUCAUGGAACCCAUGUCCAAUUGGUAUGCUGCCUCGUGACCUUGGAUCUUCUGGCUGCCUUCCUGUUCUUGACUGUGAUGAUGACGGUAAAAAGCCUGUGCAUGCAUCAGAAAGGAAGCAGAUCUGGGAACAGAAACAAUGUAGCAUAAGAGAACCUGGUGUUGAUAUUCCUUUAUCAGAUUACACUGGUGUCGAGAGGACUGGUAGCAAGAGAGAAGCUGGUUCUGAUAUUUAUUUAUUGGAUAAAUCAAGUGUGAAGAAGAUGAGAGAGACAGCAGACAGUUUUGAAUCAGAGGGCGAGAAUCUUUUGUUGUCAAAAGAUGACCAAGGUUGUCUAAUGAUAAAUGGGGUUUGGAAGAAAAUCGGGGAAGAAGAGCUGCUUGCUAUUAUGUCUGAUGUGAGGAUUUUGGUGUAGAAGUCCCCAGAAUAACAUUUUUGAUUUCUUUAUGGUGCCCUAUUUACUCAAUUUAUUCUCAUUGAUAUUCAUCUGCAACCCUUUAACAACCUCAUUCUUAUGGGAAAUGAAAUUACUGGAAUUUCCGCAAAGAACCCGGCAUGGCUCAAACUGGUUUCCAGGCACUCGGCAUGCUUUUAUUACUCCUGGCUAAAGUGAUAAAUUUUCAAUGGGAGUGGAGCAUGCUGUGAGGAAACAUGACCUAGCAUCAACUUUGAUAUUUUCGUGAUGCAUUUUGUUCAGGUUUGUUCUCACUUCCCAUCAUUCUUGUCUGUACUCUGCUGGCAAUGUGAUUGCUCUUAUCUUGUUCAAGGUGCCGUAUUAGCAACACAACAGGAGCAUAACUUCUAGAGCGAAAAAAUAUCAAGAGCUUGCAUUGCCAUAC